AAGGGAGCUUGGUCUUGCUCGGCAGACAAACGAGUGCGACGCGACCUCACAUGGGCUCCAGCCAGAGCCAGGACACCCAGGACACCAAGCCGCCGCCCCAGCUCGGCAAGAGCGGCAAGAAGAUCUGCUGCAGCUGCCCGGAGACCAAGAAGCCCCGCGACGAGUGCAUCGUGACGAAGGGCGAGGAGCACUGCGGUGACUUAAUCGAGGCGCACAAGCGCUGCCUCCGCUUGGAAGGGUUCAAGGUAUGAAGCGCGACGCCGCCACCGCCGAGCUGUCGCGCGAGGAGCUCGAGGCCGAGGUGGCCGCGCUGCGCUCGGAGAACGCCCAGCUGCGCACGGCGCCGCUGCCUCCGUUAAAUCCGCUGCCGCCCCUGGCGCCGCUGCCGACUUUCGACCCGCUCGCGUCGCCACCGGCGUCGCCGGCGGUCCUCGGGGCGGACUGGGGCGGCGGCGUCGCGCCCGUGCCGCCGGCGUCGCCGGCGGUCCUCGGGGCGGACUAUGGCGGCGGCGUCGCGCCCGUGCCAAUGCCGGCCAACCAGUCGCCGCUCUCGCCCGCCCCGGCGCCGGCGCCGCCCAAGCCGCGGCCGGCGCCCAGCUUCCGCCCGGCGGACCGCGUCGAGUUCGCGCGGACCGGCGAGCAGGGCAUCAUCGACCGCGUCUGGAAGCGCGGCGAGCUGCCGGGGGUCGACGACGACGACGGCCCUUUCGUGGACGUGGCCUUCGGCAGCGGCGAGGUCGGCACGUUCAAGGCCCGCUACUUCCGGCCGCCGACGGCGCCGCCGCGCCUCCAGCGCUGGGGCAACGAGCCGCCCGCGGCGCUCCUCUACGCGGAGAAGGUCGCGGAGCCGGCGGCCGCCGCGCGCGACUCGGACUCGGACUACAACAGCAAGGCCGAGUCGUCCGAGUCCGAGUCGGACGCGAGCGAGGCGCCGCCGCGGCCGGCCGUCGAGGACGAGGACUCGGACGACGCGCUGAUCUGGGUGCCGAAGAAGAAGGCCCUGAUCGGCCGGUGCGCGCCGGGCGAGGCCCUCGUCUGCCCGGCCUGCGAGGCGUCCUACACGUCGGGCCACUUCUGCCCCAAGUGCGAGAAGAAGCUCGUGCCGCGCAUGACCGCCCCCGCCGAGAAGGCUAACGAGUAAC